GUAAAACGGUUCAUACAAAGCCGUACAAAAGAGGACCAGAAGCCAUCUGAACGACUACAUGCUAUAUGGCUUUGUAUUGCUGUACCCUCUGGUGGACAACGUCUUCUGGAGACAGGUGAAGAAGAGAUCUUGAAGAUGGAUUUGGGAGAUGUACCACUGGUUGUGGUUUUCACAAAAUUUGACCUCCUGAUAACAAAUGCAGAGAUGGAG